AUGUCUGGAAUGCGCCGUGGACAAGCACUGGGUCUCGCCAUUGGAAUCGUCCUCAUCUAUUUCCUCUUCAUUUCCAGAUCCGACACCACCGACUUCCGCAAGACCACCGAAGCGUCCCUAUCACGCCGCCGGGGUAUCUUAAGAGGCGAUCUCUCUGAUGAAGAUUUGACUGCUCAAACGAACCAUGAACUCCAAAUGAUUCUCGAUAAGCAGAAAGAAAUGUUCGACGCAUCCCCACUUCAUGGUGGCGACUACAAGAAUGCCCCAUACAGCUUGCGCAUUAGCUUUGAUGACGGCGAUGACGAAGUCAGUGCCGCGGGCAGGAAAAGCAUACCGAAAGAGAAGCCGAGGUACCCUGUUGAUAACAGUGCGAUCGACAACCUGAACGGCAAGGGCGAAGAAGUCGCAUUCAAUGGGAAUAAAGUGGAAAAAGCAAAGGAUGAGGGAGAAGAUCUGGCCAGGGAGGAAUUACAGGGUAUUUUAAGGAAAAGCCCGAUCAUCAUUUUCUCCAAGUCCUAUUGUCCCUAUUCCAAACGGGCCAAAGCCUUACUUCUCGAGACCUAUGUGAUCACACCAGCCCCAUAUGUUGUCGAACUCGAUCUGAUGACUACACUCGUUCCCAAAGCUCACGACGAUGAUUCUGGAGAUGAUGUCCCGGCACCGACUCUAGGUCGCAAGCUCCAAGAUCUCCUCAACACGCUGACAGGGCGGAGAACGGUGCCUAAUAUCAUGAUCAAUUCUCAAAGUCUGGGCGGGAGUGACGAUAUCGCGAAAAUGCAUUCGGAAGGUAUUCUGGAAGAGGUGAUUAAGAAGUCAGGCGGGAACAGAAUCGUAAGCGUGGUAAAGAAGCACAAAGAGGAGGGUUAA